CCCUAAAAAAGCCCCACACACACUUUCUCUCUCUCUCUCUCUCUCUCUCUCUCACUCGACGCUGGGUAAUCGUCGCCAUUUCUCGCUCGUUACCAAUGGCGACAGCGCCGUGUUCUUUCUCUAAGAUUGCCCUCGGCGGAUCGGAAACUAGUGGGCUGCCCCACCAUUUGAAUAAUGCAUGCUGUCGGAAGAAAUCCUACUUCUGUAAAGAGGUGGGAGCAAGAGCAAGUGGGUUUUGUGAUAGACUGAUCAUCAAACAAAUUUUACGAAGAAACAAUAUCCACAGGAACCAAGUUGCAGCUAUUCAAUGUGUGUUGAGUGGUGAAAAGGAGAGUGAGUUGAAAAUAUCAGGACAGACUCUUGACGAUUAUAGUAAAAGCGGACUUCGUGGAAAGUUAAAUAAAGUGGUUCUGGCUUACAGCGGUGGCUUGGACACAUCAGUAAUUGUCCCAUGGCUUAGGGAGAACUAUGGAUGCGAAGUUGUGUGCUUCACUGCUGAUGUUGGUCAAGGUGCAAUGGAAAUGGAAGGCUUGGAAAGAAAAGCCAAAGCCAGUGGUGCAAGUCAGCUUGUUGUAAAGGAUCUAAAAGAGGAAUUUGUUAAAGAUUACAUAUUCCCUUGUUUACGGGCUGGUGCAGUCUAUGAGAGGAAGUACUUGCUUGGUACCUCAAUGGCUCGCCCUGUUAUUGCCAAGGCAAUGGUUGAUGUUGCUAGAGAAGUUGGCGCAGAUGCAGUUUCUCAUGGAUGCACGGGAAAAGGCAAUGAUCAGGUUCGUUUUGAACUAACAUUCUUUGCCUUAAAUCCUGAACUCAAAGUUGUGGCACCUUGGAGGGAGUGGGAGAUCACAGGACGAGAAGAUGCUGUUGAGUAUGCUAAGAAACAUAAUAUUCCUGUUGCUGUUUCAAAGAAAUCUAUUUACAGUAGAGACCGGAAUCUGUGGCACCUUAGCCAUGAGGGAGAUAUUUUGGAGGACCCAGCAAAUGAGCCAAAGAAGGAUAUGUACAUGAUGACCGAUGAUCCGGAAGAGGCGCCUAAUCAGCCCGAAUAUGUGGAGAUUGGAAUCAAUUCAGGGGUACCUGUUUCAGUCAACGGAAAAGAGCUCUCCCCCGCAAGUCUCCUCACAGAGCUCAAUGAGUUGGGCCGGAAGCAUGGGAUCGGGCGCAUAGACAUGGUCGAGAACCGGCUUGUCGGCAUGAAGUCACGCGGGGUCUAUGAGACGCCAGGUGGCACAAUCCUUUGGGCUGGGGUGCGCGAGCUCGAGUCCCUGACUCUUGACCGGGAGACCAUGCAGGUGAAGGACAUGCUUGCCCUCAAGUACGCCGAGCUGGUCUAUGCGGGCCGAUGGUUUGAUCCCCUCCGCCAGUCCAUGGACGCUUUUAUGGAGGAGAUUACGAAGACCACAACCGGGUCUGUGACUCUCAAGCUCUACAAGGGCUCAGUCAAUGUUGCGUCAAGAAAGAGCCCCUAUAGCUUGUAUAGGGAGGACAUAUCAUCAUUUGAGAAUGGGCUGAUCUACAACCAGGCAGAUGCUGCUGGGUUUAUCAGGCUCUAUGGGCUUCCCAUGAAAGUCCGUGCAAUGCUUGAGAAGGGCAUAUGAGGUUUCUUCUUCUCUCUCUCUCUCUUCCUAGCACAAGCUUUAUGAAUCGGUUCUCACUGUGGUAUCACUGUACCAAAUUUAAGUAUUUUGAGCUGUUGCAUGAGACUAAUUGGGGUCAUGCUUUUUUGUGUUGUGGGAUGGUUUUAACUUAUGAAAUAUCUAUUGAGGGAUGGUUAGUUAAACAAAAUAACAUUGUCUGGUAGUUCCUUUUGUUGGUAGUGGGCAGUGCUGCAGCUUUGUUUUGCGUGCUUAUUGUCAUGCAUGUGCCCGUUGAUAAUUUCUGUCCGAGAGAUUAUUUUUGGGUAAAAUUGCACUGCUAGCCUCUGAACUUCUACUUGA